CGAGUACGUGGAGACGGAGAUGAGCCCAACUAACAUCGCCAAGAAGAUCACAGUUGACUACAACCGCUUGGAGGCUCCUUACAGAGACAGAGCCACAGAGGUGUCGCUGGGUAUACAUAUCAUCAGCAUCUUCUCCAUCAGCGAGCAGACCAUGGAUUAUUCCAUCAGCAUGUACUUCCGACAGGCCUGGAGAGAUCCGCGUCUCUCAUUCCCUCCUUACAGAGCUCCUGGCACCUCAGGAGAUCCCAAGAAGCAAAUAAGAAUGCAGGAUGAAUCAUGGAACAUCAUCUGGGUGCCUGACACCUACUUCAGGAACGAGAAAAGAGCGGCCAAGUUUCAUGACGUCACCGUCGCCAACCGGAUGUUGACAGUAAAUUGUACUGGUCACGUGUGGUACGUUACUAGAAUAACAGUGACCUUAUCUUGUCCGAUGACCUUGCACAAGUACCCGCUGGAUACGCAGAACUGUCCUAUGCAGUUUGAAAGCUUUGGGCACGAAACGAAGACAAUGUAUUAUAACUGGCUGCCUCAACCGAUCGACUUCUACGAGGGGGUGAGGGUGCCUCAGUUCAAUCUGGUCAAGACCAUCAUGGUCGAUUGUUCGGCUAACUAUACAGCCGGAAUUUUCCCAUGCGCAGAAAUUCGUUUUGUGAUCCAGCGAGAUAUCAGGUACUUUCUCAUCCAGGUUUUUGUUCCCAGCAGUCUCAUCGUCAUUAUGAGCUGGGUCAGCUUCUGGAUCAACAUUGAUGGCGCGCCAGCGCGUGUGUCCUUGGGAAUAACAACUGCCCUCACUACUACAACCCAGAGUGUCAGCAUAAACGAACUACUACCCCGCGUGUCUUACAUAAAAGCCAUCGAUGUCUGGAUGAUUGUUUGCUUAAUAUUUGUCUUCUGCUCUUUGGUUGAGUAUGCCUUUGUAAAUGUGGCUGCCAGGACAGGGGUUCGAAUCCGCACAGUUGACGUGGGCAGGGUGCCUCUCGUUUCCUACGACUCCACCAUAGAUUUGAACACAGAAUCUGCAUCUCAGUCCGUAUUCAUAAACUGUUGGCUGUACGUAAAGGAAAGAAUGACGACGAGAAGCUACCCCAGUGUUGUCGAUGUUGAGGCAAGCCGCUUGAAGGCCAGGAAGAUUGAUAAGCUUGCCCGAAAAAUAUUUCCAGUGUCAUUCUUAAUUUUUAAUAUUGUUUAUUGGCUGGGCUAUUCCAUACCGACUGAGAAGUUUCAGAUGGACCUAUGAACGAAUCCCUUCCCGAACAUGCUCUUAUGCUGUAAAGAACAUUUUAUUUUUUUUUCUUAAAUUUCAGACUGGUUCAAAGUUUUUUCUUAAUAAAAAUUUAUUUUUUUCCUUGGAACAAAUAGCAACAUUUGUUUGUAUCUUUACAGUUUUUCACACUAAUCUAUAUUACUUAAUAUUUCAUUUAUUUUAAAAUUAGAAAUUUUAAGUGUUGACAUUUCAUGAGCUUAAUCGUUGUCUGAAUAAAUAAUAUAUAAAUUAUAUAUAUAUGUGUGUGUGUGUACAUAUAUAUAAUUGUAUUUAUGUUAUAUAUAUAUACAUAUAUAUAUAUAUAUAUAUAUAUAUAUAUAUAUAUAUAUAACAAAAUACAUACUGGUAGAAGGCCAAUUCUUGAUAAUAUGUAGUAAAUUAUCCCGAUUUAUUAGUGUUUAUCAACUUAUAUUUGAAUUUAU